AUGGCUGCUAAAGCUGGAAAAAGCAGCUCAUCAUCAGAAGGCAAAGUCCUUCUUCUUCUUCCCCUUUCCCUCUCCGCCAUUCUACUGGUGUUGUUCCCCCAUUCUCUGGCUGCUACUAAUACUCUCACCCAAGGCGGCCCAACAAUCAAUUCCUCUGCCACCCUCGUCUCCCCCAACGGCUUCUUCACAUUAGGCUUCCGGCCGAUCCCAUCUGCCGACACAAACGGAAGCUACCUCGGGAUCUGGGACAAUAGCUCCAACUUCUUCCCCUGGAUAGCCAACCGAGACUUCCCCAUCCUCGACGAUUCUGGAUCCCUGUCUCUGGACCAAAACGGGACAUUAAAGAUCACUUACUCUGCCAGCCGCACCUUCGAGCUCUACUCCUCUGCAAACCGCCGACAGAAUUUGACCGCCGUGCUGGAUGACACAGGCAACGUUGCCGUGAUCGAUUCCAGCGUUGAUCCUCUGUGGCAGAGUUUUGAUUUCUCGCCGGAUUCGUGGUUCCCGGGGACGAAAUUGGGCGUUUUCAGAAGCAGGAGCGGGAUUCAGAUUCGUCGCCGGCAGCUGACGUCAUGGCUGAGCUAUCAGACCGCGGUGCCGGGGCCUUACACGCUGGAGUGGGAUCCGACCGCCGGCAAGGAAGAGCUGGUGAUGAAGCGGCGAGGGGUUGUGUUCUGGACCAGCGGCAAGCUGUUGACGCCCAAUAAAUUCCAGAAUCUCGACCUGGGUGGAAAGGGGUUGAUUAAUUUCAACGUUUCCCGCUUCUCGAACCCUCCCGGCGGCGAGGAUUACUUGACCUUCUCUGCUUCUCAAUUCAGCGCUCUGCAUUUGAGAUUCGACGGGGAGAUUCAGGUCCAAACUGCAGGGGGGAUCCCGGUGAGUGUAAUGGACCCACAAGCCUGCGACGGGAACAACACCUUGAACGGGUGCCGGAGAUGGGAAGGGCCGGCUUGCCGGAGGGAGAACGGCGGCCACAAGUUUGUGAUCCGCGGGGGAAGGUUCAAGGAGAGUUUGGUGGACCGAAAUGACAGCCUUAGUAUCAGUGAUUGUAAAGACAAGUGUUGGAAGGAUUGUGAGUGCGUUGGGAGCGUGAUGAAUGGCAGUGGAGAUCGUAAUGAGACCGGAUGUACGCUUCUGUAUGGGGGAUUUGAGGAAGUUCCUGGACCGACGACGGAGUACUUUCACGUCAUUGUUGGUGGAGCUAACGGCGGAGGAAGAUCACCGUCAGACGCAAAUAGGAGAACAAGUGAUCGUGGACAAACUCACUGGAUAUGGGUUUCGGCUUCUGUAGCAGGGGCUCUCUCGAUCGUCAUUGUCUGCAUUUUCUGGUACCGGAGACGACGAAAACUCAGAGAGAGGGUUCUAGCAGAGUUCAUGGCAUAUGAUGAGUCCAACGAGGCAAAUAAGGUGGAAGAUGAUGGCAGCCGAGGCUCGGAUCAGUUGAAAGUUUAUACAAUAGGGUCGAUCAUGACUGCUACAGGCAAUUUCUCCCUGCACAAUAAGCUUGGAGAAGGAGGUUUCGGACCUGUAUACAAGGGGAAAAUGGAUGACGGUAUAAAAGUAGCUGUGAAAAGAUUGUCAAAGAGAUCAGGCCAAGGCUUAGUUGAGUUCAAGAAUGAGCUUAUACUCAUAGCAAAGUUACAACACAUAAAUCUGGUAAGACUUCUAGGUUGUUGCAUUCAUGGAGAAGAGAAGAUGUUGGUGUACGAAUAUAUGUCGAACAAGAGUUUGGAUUGGUUUCUCUUUGAUGAAUCAAAGAGGUCACUAUUAGAUUGGACUAAGCGUUUCAACAUCAUCCAAGGGGUAGCUCAAGGGUUAUUGUACCUUCACAAGUAUUCAAGAUUGAUGAUCAUACAUAGAGAUUUGAAGGUUAGCAAUAUAUUGCUAGAUGAAAAUCUGAACCCAAAAAUCUCAGAUUUUGGAAUGGCGCGCAUAUUCAAAACAACCGUGUCAGAAGCCAACACACUCAAACCCGUUGGAACAUAUGGCUAUAUGUCUCCCGAGUACGCAAUAAAAGGAACUUUCUCUACCAAAUCGGAUGUCUUUAGCUUCGGAGUCAUGCUGUUGGAGAUCGUGAGUGGCAGGAAGAACUAUGAUCUCAUUCAACUAGACCCCCCGGUCGACCUUGCAGAAUAUGCAUGGAACCUAUGGAAGGAAGGUUCGCCGUUACAGUUAAUGGAUCCCACCUUGGAGGAUUCCAGUAACUCUAAGGAUCAGAUACUCAGAUGCAUCAAUGUAGGCCUGCUAUGCAUGGAAUAUAGUGCAAUUGACAGACCUGAAAUGUCAGAGGUAAUUUCGAUGCUAACCAAUGAAGUCUCACAACUGUCCAUACCACAACAACCAGGGUUCACAAUGACAAGACUGCGAGACAAAAAGGCCAGCUCGAGCACCAGCGACUCAGGAUUCUGGUCAAGCAAUGAAUUUACGAUAACAAAGAUCAUUGCUCGAUAG